AUUAAAUAAAAUCAAUUUCAUUAUUUCGUUACUUGAAUAUCAUUAUUAUUAAAUUGCAAAAUGGUCCGCCACUUGAUUUGUUGGUUCACGUGUUUAAUUGCGCUCACAGUGAUAUCAUGUGACAGUCAAACCACUGAUGAUAUUCUGCAAAGCAUCCAGCAGGGUUUUAAUGAAUAUCACCAAACAAGAGUUCGUCCUGUUUACUUAGACGAAUCGCUGCAGAAAUUCCAGCUUCCCCAUUUUUUUCGAAGACAAGAGCAUGGAUUGAAUCGCAGUCUUUAUGAGAAUCCCGUAAUAUGUGAUCUGUGUUCCGUAGUUGUGAAUUUUGUAAUUGAAGAAAGAAGAAUGGGAAUGAGCGACAUCAAUAUAAAAGGCGAACUGCAGGCAAUUUGCAGUCUGCUAAAUAUCGAAACCCCCCGCGUAUGUGAAGGAACAAUCGAUUCAAAUGCCGAUAUAAUCUUGUACAUUGCGGACAAUAAUCCAGACCUAAACCCAGCAAAAUUUUGCGAUUUAAUGCUCCAAGAUAAUCAAUGUAACUUCACCAAUAUUGAAUGGACCAUUGGCGUGCCAGAAGGCCAAUCCCCAUUGCGUCCCAAGCCUGUUGAAUCUGCAACGACUUUCAAAGUACUGCACGUCACUGAUUUCCACGUGGAUCCCAUGUAUACUCCGAAUAAAGUGAAAACGUGCAACGAGCCACUGUGUUGCCAAAGCGAUCAAGAGGAUGGAAGUGGGCAAAACUCGUGCGGGUACUGGGCCGAGUACGGAAACGACGUUUCGGAGACGUUGGUUGAUGAAUUCAUCAGAUUUGCUAAUACUUUUGAAGAUGUGGACUUUGUCUAUUUCACCGGAGACAUCGUGCCUCAUCGGAUGUGGUCAACAACUCAGGAAAGUAACGCGGCCAUCAUUGACAAGUUCCUUCGGAAGCUGAAAGCUGGAUUUUCAGUGCCGGUUUUUCCCACAUUGGGAAACCAUGAAGCCACCCCUUUAAAUCAAUACGUGCUGAAUAGCUCCAUUCCUUCAAACUUGUCCACCAAAUGGCUGUUCGAUCUAAUCGAAGAAGAGUGGUCUGAAUGGCUGCCACAAUCCGCUAUGCAAACAAUUGCUAAAGGAGGCUUUUAUACAUUCAGCCCUAUUGAGGGGUUUCGAAUAAUUGUCAUUAAUUCAAACGUAGCAUACAGAGCCUGCUGGUGGUUGUUGCAAGACGAUGAGGACCCAUUCGAUCAGUUGGCUUGGUUGAUUGAAGUUUUGUUGGAAGCCGAAGAGAAUAAUGAAAGUGUUCAUAUUCUGGGACAUAUUCCAACUGGAUCAGUGGAUAUAAUCAAAGUUUGGUCUCGGGAGUAUAACAGAAUUAUCAACAGAUUUGCCAACACCAUUACCGGACAGUUUACUGGCCACGUUCACGUUGAUACGUUCCAAGUGCGCUACAAUAUCUCCAACCCAAAUCAGGCCAUUAAUGUCGAGUGGAACGGAGCCUCCAUUGUUCCCUAUGAUAAGGCCAAUCCAAGCUUCAAAAUAUACAGUAUCGAUAAGGAAACGUUUAAUGUUAUCGACAUUGACCAAUGGACUUUCAACUUGACUCAGGCUAAUGAAAAUUCCGAACUUUCUCCAGAUUGGUAUAAAAUUUACUCGUUUAGGGAGGCUUUUAAUGUCCCGACUUUACUGCCUGAGGAUAUUGGGAAGUUGCUGAUCAAUAUGGCAGAAGAUCAUAAUCUUCUAGGCGAAUAUCAUUUAUAUCGCUUCAAAAACUCUGACCCUGGAACUGGUGAUGGUUGCGACGAAAUCUGCCAAAAGAAUUAUCUUUGUGAACUGUCCACCUCUGUGUAUGGCGACACUUCAAUGUGUGAAUAUCUAAAGGAAGUUUAUGAUCUCAACUUGUAACAACAACAAGUAGAAAAUACAUUAAUUUAUAAAAUGA